AUGUUUAACUUGAAGCCUUCGAAAAUCAAUAUUGUCCUGGGAGUAGCAAAUGUAGGCGAUGGCCAGGCUGAUCCCAUGGUACGCUUCGACAAGCCAGGUGAAGUCAAUGCUUUGCUCAGUACCUUCACUAAACGCGGCUACACCCAAAUUGACACAGCACGUCUCUAUCCAGCUCAUGCGCCUGCAACAUGCGAGCCAAAGAUUGGAUUAGCUGCAAAGGAGAACUUGGUGAUCGAUACAAAAGUCAAUUCUAUCCAAGAAGGGGGCCAUUCCAAGGAGAACAUCCUCAAAGAUAUCGAUGCUUCAUUGAAAGACCUCAAGAUUGACCAAAUCAACAUUGAGUACUUGCAUCUUCCUGACCGCAAAACAGACUUUAAAGAAGCGUGUGAAGCCAUGAAUCAGGCCCACGAAGAGGGAAAAAUCAAGUACUGGGGCAUAUGCAACCAUACAGCUCAAGAGGUCGAGACUAUUGUGAAGAUCUGCGAGAAAAACGACCUCGUCAAACCUAGUGCUUAUCAAGGACAGUAUAAUCCAAUUGUGAGGGGAGCUGAGAAGGAACUUAUUCCGAUUUUGCGAAGUCACGGCAUUGCAUUCUAUGGUUAUAGUCCUGCUGGAGCUGGGUUCUUUGCCGGCAACCAUAAGAAUGUCCAGCCAGGAGGCCGCUUCGAUCAGUCUCUUUUCCUUGGAGGUUUAUACUCGGGGCUUUAUCUCAAGCCGGCCAUCGCAGAAGCUACAGAGAAGGCGCUCGCGACAGCUUCACGAUACGGAAUUAGCGGGCAUGUUGCUGCUCUUAGGUGGAGCGCUCACCACGGAGCCCUGAGCAGCAGGUUCGGCGACUCUAUACUUAUUGGAGCAUCGAGCCUGGAGCAAUUGGAGUCUAACAUAGAUGCGAUCGAGGAGGGGCCGUUGCCUGAUGACGUGGCAGGCGCUUUGGAGGCUAUCUAUGAAGAGAUUGGGGACGCCAUUUCGUACCAUAUAGUGGUACAUAAUCCACGUCCUGAGGCUCUCCGAGAGUCUAAACGCCAAGCUCGUUCAUACUCUGCCCAAGUAGCGCAUGCCAGAGCACGGAAGCUCCGGGGACAGGGUAAAAGUCAGAAUGACGCAAAGGAAAAGGGUUUAGAGGCAGAGAUACCCUCGACAGAGCUACAAGGAUCUCAGGGCCAAAUUCUGAAUCAAACUUUAUCUGGAUAUGACCAUGAAACCCUGUCGACUCCAGAGCUUCGGCUAUAUCAGCCAAACCUAGUCCCAUACAUAAGCUUCCUUGCAACGCUCACUGUGGAAGAAUGUUUUAUGUUCGACCAUUAUAUCAAAGUUGUUAUGCCCUACUUAGACACUCACUGUCCAAUUGCGAGAUCUGUAGGCCAGUACCACAAUUAUAUAAAAAGUAACUGGAUCGUUGUAUCCUCGCAAGAUCUCGACUUCAUGAGAGGGUUCUUGCUGGUAGCUUCCCGGCAUUUGUCCAUGGUGGCGUCGAAAAUUGAGUUUGAAAAUAAGGCUCUUCAAUACAAACUGGAGUAUAUCAAAAAGCUCCGACAGGAUGUUUCUAUGCAGCCAAUGUCGAUGAAUCCUCGUUCAGUUACGAGUGCUCUAGUCCUGGCAUACGAUGAAGUAAGCCUACUCCAAGAAAAUUCUGCUCGGGGAUAUUUCUAUGGCUUUACAACAUGUUCGUGGGGCUGCGAGCAUGGUUCAGGCCGCUGGUGGACCCCAGGCACUGGGCCUAAGCCAAUUCAUAUCUUACAUAUUGUUCAGUUGUGUGCAGGAAGAUCGAAUUGGAGAUUGGGCCUGGGUUUUGAAGUAUAA